AUGGUCACUCAGCCCGAGCCUUCCCACGCUCCUGCAAACCCCUCUCUCCAACCCGCGCCCUCAAAUCCGCACCCAGACACGAUCACUUUCACCGUCAAUUCUCGCACGUUGUCGAUGGAUGAAAAGGCAGUCAAUGUUCCGGCCUCUGCUUUGAACCCUGUCUCGGUUAGACCCGUCCAGCGGAAGAUCAACACUUCGAUCGGCAUUACCAUCGCCCAGGGCGCCAUCUUUGUUUCGGGUAUAAUUUCCGCCGCUCUGCUGGGUUCCAGCAUAACAAAAGAGCAAAAUGCCAACAUUCGGGGUUACUACAGCGGUUUGGCGUUUGUUCCGAUUGCUCCAGUGUGCCUCAGCGCGUUUUGGGCUCUUGUAGCGCUGGGAAUAUCUCGUGGACUCAGAACACCUGUCCAUCCGGCAUUCUACGUUGCUUUUGAUCUUCUUCUCUGGCUCACCAUCCUCGGAAUCUCGAUAUGCAUCGUCAUCCUCCUUGGAAGCCAGGACGGGUAUGCCUGCAGCUACAACUACCGGAGGUAUCGUCCCGAGCGAGGAUGCCGUAGCGUCUUGAUCGAGUCAUGGAAGAUGCAGAUGGCUGCAAAUGCGCUUGCUAUCUUCAACGGGUAA